AUCAGGGUCAAGAUAUAGGACGCCAAAUAAAGAAGUUCAAAACAUGAAGAAAGCAAAUGUAGCUGAUUAUUAAUUUAUAACACAACCAAAAUGGGUAUUUUUGAGGCUCUUCCAUGGUCAUUUUAUGAGGAAGACACCACCAGAUUCUGGGUACACUAUGGAUUGGUGUUAUUAGGACUGUUGUUGGCAGUGAUCACAUUUAUUGUUCAAUGGCUGAGUCCAGCUCCAUAUGGUAAACAUGAGAGAACAGAUGCUAACUGGGGUGUAAUGAUACCACAAAGAAUAGGACAUAUCUUAUCUGAUGCUGUCCCUGGUGUUUUAUUGUUUAUAAUUGUGUUUUUUGUUUAUGGUGAUGCUAGAGGCUAUGCAAACUAUGUCUUUCUGUUACUUUUCCAAGCACAUUAUAUUCAUAGAGGAAUACUCCAUCCUUUAGUCAUGAGAUAUAAAAAUCCAUAUGUUGCAUUGGGUAUUACGCUAGGAGGUUUCUUUCCAAACUGUUUGUACCAUUUUGUGAAUGCAGAUUUUAUAGGAUCAGCAUAUUAUAACAAUAAUUAUUUUUUUGAUUCAAGAUUUAUUAUUGGUAUAGUUUUGUUCAUUGUUGGAUACAUCAUAAAUAAAUGGGCGGAUUGGAAGUUACGAUCAUUACGGGAGAGGAAAGGUGAUGAUGGAAGUACUGGAUAUUAUAUACCAUAUGGAGGCUUGUUUGAACUGGUAACCUGCCCUAAUUAUUUUGGUGAAUUUGUAGAGUGGAUUGGAUGGUCUAUAGCAACUUGGUCAGCAGCAGGAUUUGUAUGGACAGUAUUUGCUGCUGCAACAUUCUUCCCUAGAGCCAGACAUAAUCAUCAAUGGUACAAAGAACAAUUUGAACAUUAUCCACCCAAUAGAAAAGCUUUGAUACCUUAUAUAUGGUGACAUGAUCAAGUCUGUUAUGGAGAUACCACCCUAAGACUGGGAUGAUCCCAACUGAACACAUUUAUACAUCUAAGUAUGCAGAAGACCUUUUAACAACAUACUGACCAUAUUUAAGUGCAGUUUAAUAGGACAAUUUGGUAAUGCAGGAAAUAACUCAAUUAAUUAUAAAAAUAUGCAUAUUUAUAUUGAUAUAAUUUCAAUAAUAAGUAGGUUGCUUGGUUGUUCAUCGUCACCUCCAAGUCUGCAUCUGAACAAAGUCAUACAAUUUAAAAAGUUUUCUGUUUUAGGAUCAAAUCAAAUGUAUAUUUAUUUUAUUUAUAUGUUAAUAUAUUUUUAUGCAACAUAUUUAGUGUUAACAUUAUUAAAGCCUUCAUAAUCUUUA